GUAUUCGCCACGCUUUAAUUAAUCCCGAACAAGACGAUCAACAAUUCAAGUGUCCAAAUUGUCAAUCUCAUUUGGUGCCUGAUGAAUUAGUACCAAACAAGGCAGCGCGGGAAGCAGUCGAUGGUCAUCUAAGGGAUUGGGCUAGACGUAGAAAUGAACCUACUGCUCCAGAAACUCAUGAGGAAGAUGAAAGAAAUACUAUGGAAAUGUUAGAAGACCCGUUGGUAGUAAACAAUAAUGUAGAUCUCUCGGUAGAAAAAGAUACCACAGAAUCCUUAAAUGAGCUUAUGAUAAAAACAGAAGAAAAGGAAAAAAGCACGAGUGGUUUAUCAGAGACGGUACUUGAUAAUACAGAAAAUUCUAGUCAAUCACCCCAAAUUUCAAAAGCAAAGGUCGAGUCG